UAUCACUCUCUUUCUUUUUUUUUUGACAAAAUACCACAGACUAGAUAGUUCGGUCUUCUUUUAUUCAAUUUUUUACCCGCAUACAAGUAACAGAAAAUGAAGAUCAGUACCGAAGCUGCUCAAAAGUACCCUGCCCUGGAAGAGAUGGUACAAUGGUAUUCAAGAAGGAUGGAAAAAACGGUGUUCUGGGAGGAUAAGGUCCAUGCCGAGUUGGAGAUCGUCGAAGCUUUGCCGAAUAAAUUGAUCUGGAAUUUUAACGUUACUGAAAAGCACUGUAACCAGCUAGGUAACAUCCACGGUGGAUGCGUAGCAACGAUCAUUGACAUUUGCAGCAGCUUCGCCAUCCUGACAUAUGAAGGCAAAGGCGGCUGGAAACUCAUUGGCGUAUCGACCGACUUGGCGGUAUCCUAUAUGAGCGGUAUCGCUGCCGGUCAAACUGCCCGUCUUGAAUGCGAGGUCCAACGAGUGGGUAAAUCGUUGGCCAACAUAUAUACCAAGGUCUACAAUGACCAGGGCAAGCUCUGUUACUCUGGAUCACAUACCAAGUACUCCAUUGAUUCGAGAUUGUAAAUCGUCCACCUUUCUUUUCGCUUUUAAUAUUACUAGAAUCGCUUUUUCUUUUUUUUUCUCUAUAAAAGGAGUAAACACAACAGAAAAUCUCGGUUGGGAAAACUAUGGUUGGAAAAAG